UGAGUGUUUAUCUCUAUCUCCCAUUUUCCAACUUGUAUUCCAAUAUACAACUCCUUCUCUUUUUUCAAUCAAAAGUAGUAUUCCUGAAGAUGGCUGAUGCCUUUGUGUCAUUUGCAGUUCAAAAAUUGGGUGAUUUCCUCAUACAGGAAGUUUCCCUGCGAACAAGUCUGAGAAAUGAAGUUAAGUGGCUGAGAAAUGAGCUACUCUUCAUACAGUCAUUCCUCAGAGAUGCAGAACAAAAGCAAAGUAGAGAUCAAAGAGUUCAACAAUGGGUCUUUGAGAUCAACUCUAUUGCUAAUGACGCUCUCGCUAUACUCGAGACUUAUAGCUUCGAGGUUAGUAAAGGUGACGAUGCUAGAUUUGCUAGUCGUCUCAAGGCUUGCACUUGCAUCUGCAGGAAGGAGAAGAAAUUCUACAAUGUCGCCAAGGAGAUCCAAUCACUCAAGCAACGAAUCAUAGAUAUUUCUCGCAAACGAGAGACUUAUGGUAUAACAAAUAUCGAUAAUAAUACAGGAGAAGGACCAAGUAAUCGGACAAACAAUCAGUCUGCAACACUGAGGAGAACUACCUCCUAUGUGGAUGACCAGGAUAACAUUUUUGUUGGAUUUCAGGAUGUUGUACAAACAUUGCUAGCUGAAAUUCUCAAAGCAGAGCCUCGUAGAAGCGUCAUCUCCAUUUAUGGAAUGGGCGGAUUAGGCAAGACCACUCUUGCUAGAAACCUCUACACAAGUCCUAAUAUAGUCUCUUGCUUCCCUACACGCUCUUGGAUAUGUGUUUCUCAAGACUACAACACAAUGGAUCUUCUUAGGAAUAUCAUAAAAUCCAUCGAAGGUCGCACCAAGGAAACUCUAGAUUUGUUGGAAAGGAUGACACAAGGAGAUCUAGAAAUUUACCUUCGUGAUCUUUUAAAAGAAGGCAAAUACCUUGUGGUGGUUGAUGAUGUAUGGCAGAGAGAAGCAUGGGAGAGUCUGAAAAGAGCAUUCCCAGAUAGCAAGAAUGGCAGCAGAGUUAUUAUUACCACUCGCAAAGAGGAUGUCGCUGAAAGAGCAGACGACAGAGGUUUUGUCCAUAAACUUCGUUUCCUAAGCCAAGAAGAAAGUUGGGAUCUCUUUUAUAGGAAACUACUUGAUGUUCGAGCAAUGAUUCCAGAAAUGGAAAGGUUAGCUAAAGAUAUGGUGGAAAAGUGUGGAGGCUUACCUCUUGCAAUUGCUGUAUUGAGCGGAUUACUUUCUCAUAAAAGGGGGCUAGACGAAUGGCAAAAGGUGAAAGAUCACCUUUGGAAGAACAUUAUUGAAGAUAAAUAUAUUGAAAUCUCCAACAUACUAUCAUUAAGCUACAGCGAUUUGUCAACUGCACUCAAGCAGUGUUUUCUCUACUUUGGUAUUUUUCCAGAAGAUCAAGAGGUCCGUGCUGAAGACAUAAUACGGCUGUGGAUGGCCGAGGGUUUCAUACUAAAUGGAGAAGAAAGAAUGGAGGAUGUCGCUGAAGGCUUCUUGAAUGAGUUGAUAAGACGAAGCUUGGUUCAAGUUGCAGAUACAUUUUGGGAAAAAGUUGUUAAAUGUAGGGUUCAUGAUUUACUUCGUGAUCUUGCCAUACAAAAGGCAUUGGAGGUAAACUUCUUUGACAUUUAUGAUCCAAGAAACCACUCCAUCUCCUCUUUAUGUAUCAGACAUGCCAUUCAUAGUCAAGGAAAAAGGUACCUCUCACUAGAUCUUUCUAACUUGAAGUUGAGGUCAAUUAUGUUCUUCGAUCCAGGUUUUCCUAACAUGAGUCUUGUAAACUUCAGUAGUGUGUUCCAAUAUAUAUAUGUGUUGUACUUGGAUAUUGAAGGUGAUAUUAUGCCUGAUGCCAUAGGGAGUUUGUACCACCUCAAGUUCUUAAGUUUGAGAGGUAUCCGUGGUGAUCUUCCCUCUUCCAUUGGCAACCUCAAGAAUUUACAGACACUUAUUGUCACUGGAAAUGUACUUCCAUUCAAACUACCCCCCGAGACAGCUGACCUAAUAAAUCUAAGACAUUUAGGUGUUUGGUAUUCAGAACCUCUGUUACGUAUAAGCAAACUCACAAGUCUCCAAGUUCUAAAAGUGGUUUGUUGUGAUCAGUGGAAAGAUGUUGACCCUGUUGGUUUAGUCAAUCUUCGAGAAUUACGCAUGUCUAAAAUUACCAAAUCUUACACCCUAAACAACAUUAGUAGCUUGAUAAACCUUACCACUCUUAAAUUAUUGUGUAAAGAUAAUGAAAUAUUCCCAGCCCUUGAAUUUCUUAUUUCUUGUCAAAAGCUCCAGAAAUUGUGGUUAAAAGGUAGAAUAGAGAAACUGCCUCUGUUUCCAAAUUCCAUCACAAUGAUGCUUCUUUGGGACUCAAAGCUCAUGGAAGAUCCGAUGCCUAUUUUGGGAAUGCUGCCAAACCUAAGGAAUCUCAUUUUGGAUAGAGCUUAUGAAGGAAAAGAAAUUACGUGCAGUGAUAACAGCUUCAGUCAACUGGAGUCCCUUAGUCUUGAUCAUCUUGAGAACCUUGAAAGAUGGCAUUUAGCCACAAGUGCCAUGCCUCAUAUUAAAGGUGUUGGUAUCCAGGAUUGUAGAAAGCUGAAGGAGAUUCCAGAGAGAAUGAAAGACGUGGGGAGAUGUUGAGCAGAUAUUAUAAAUCAGGUUCAUGAAGUUGUCUUGUCCAAGCAUCAAUCAACUUAUUUCAACAUUCAGUUUUUUUUUCAAUGUUUCAUUUCUUUUUGUUUUUGGCUUUGUUUUAGUGUGUGGAAUUGGUUCGAAGAGUACUUUUCGGAUUCAAUGCAAAAAUGAUUUUUUGAUGAUUUAA